GGAUAGAAUUUUACGACGGUCCAUAGGCGAAUCGAAAGUGAAACUAACAAACGUGAACGUGUACAGCGUGAAUCUUUCUUGGUUCCUACAUCAUCGCAGUGCAAUUCAUAGAUGGCAGAAGAGAUGAACGAGCAAACAAUGAGGAUGGAAUACACAUUCAAAAUACCAGCUUCUACCCAUGCUGAUAUGUGAUAAAGAUCGUGAACCAUGGACAAAGCAGCAGGGAUACAAGGUGACUUGUCUCCGAGUGGCAGCACAAGGCAAAGAUCAGCAUCCCCAGCACCCAGCAGUAUGUCCAUGAAGAGUGACUGGUCCGUAGAUCAUCCAUUGAACUUCAAAGAUAAAGGAAUUACACCUAAACACAGUAACCGGCUCCAUGUCGUGAGUAAACAGAAUGGUAUUUUAUCAUCAAGCACAAGAAAAAGAUCAGCAUCCCCAGCACCCAGCAGUAUGUCCAUGAAGAGUGACUGGUCCAUAGAUCAUCCUUUGAACUUCAAGGAUGAAGGAAUUACACCUAAACACAGCACAAGGCAAAGAUCAGGAUCCCCAGCGCCCAGCAGUAUGUCCAUGAAGAGUGACUGGUCCAUAGAUCAUCCUUUGAACUUCAAAGAUGAAGAAAUUACAUCUAAACACAGAGAUAAUCAGACUGGAGACCUGCAGCAGGAUUCUCACCACCCAGCAGAACUACAGAGAAUCAAAGACCAACAUAAAACCAGCAUGAAGAACAAAUAUGAGCGCUUAUUUGAGGGAAUCAACCUACAUCAAACCCUCCUGAACAGGAUCUACACGCAGCUCUACAUCAUAGAGGGAGAGAGUAAAAGUGUGAAUGAAGAACAUGAGGUUUUACAAAUGGAGCAAAGAGCCAGAAAACAACACUCACAGGUAAAUCUAAUCUACAGCAAUGACAUCUUUAAAGCCUCACCUGGACCAGGAUGCGAGGACAAAGACCAAAUCAGGACUGUUCUUACUAAAGGCAUUGCUGGAAUCGGUAAAACUGUCUCUGUGCAGAAAUUCAUUUUGGACUGGGCUGAGGGAAAGGCCAAUCAGGAUGUAGAUUUCAUGUUUUUGCUUCCAUUUCGAGAGCUGAACUUGAUUAAAGAUCAUCAGUACAGUCUUCACAAACUUUUGCUGGACUUUCAUCCUGAACUUCCAGAUCUGGACUUAAAGAUUUAUAAGGAGUGUAAAGUUGUUUUCAUCUUUGAUGGUCUAGAUGAAAGCAGAAUUACACUGACGUUUUCAGAUGAUCAGAAAGUUUCUAAUGUGAUUGAGACUUCAUCAGUGGGUGUGUUAAUAUCAAACCUCAUGAAAGGAGAGCUGCUUCCCUCUGCUCUUAUCUGGAUCACGUCCAGACCAGCAGCAGCCAAUCAAAUCCCCACCAAGUAUAUAAGUCGUGUGACAGAAAUUCAGGGAUUCAAAGAGCCUCAGAAGGAGGAAUAUUUCAGGAAGAGAAUAAGUGACCAGAAUCAAGCCAGCAGAAUCAUCUCACACAUUAGAAGAUCAAGAAGCCUCCACAUCAUGUGCCACAUCCCCGUCUUCUGCUGGAUCUCAUCCACUGUGCUUCAAAAGCUCCUGAAAGAAAAUCUGAGUCCAGAAGUCCCUCAAACUUUGACUGAAAUGUACAUCCACUUCCUGCUGAUUCAGAUCAACAUGAGGAAUCAGAAGUAUGAAGAGAGAGAUGGAAAGACACUCUUGCAGUCCAACAGUGAAGUGAUUGUGAAACUUGCGGAACUGGCUUUCAAACAGCUGAUGAAAGGCAAUGUGAUGUUCUAUGAGAACGAUCUCAGUGAGAGUGGGAUAGAUGUCACUGACGCCUCAGUGUAUUGUGGGAUUUGCACUGAGAUCUUCAAGGAGGAAUCUGUGAUUCAUCACAGGAAAGUGUACUGCUUCAUACAUUUGAGCUUUCAAGAGUUUCUAGCUGCUUUUCAUGUGUUUUACUGUUACGUGAUGAAGAACUUAGAGUUUUUAGAUGACAAACAUGAAAGUUACACAUUUAAGAAUGACACUUUGUAUGAGCUAUUAACGUCAGCAAUUGAUCAAACCAUUCAGAUCGAAAAUGGACGCCUGGAUCUUUUUCUGCGGUUUCUGUUGGGCAUUUCACUAGAGUCCAAUCAGAGACUCUUAGAAGAUCUACUGACAAAAACAGAGAACAGCUCAGAGACCAUUAGAGAAACUACACAGUACAUCAAAGACAAGAUCAAGAGAUUUUACUUAUCAGCUGACAGAUCAAUUCUUCCAUUUAAUGAUUGUUAUAAUAAUCUUUCAGCUGGCAGGUCCAUCAAUCUGUUUCUCUGUCUGCUGGAAGUAAAUGAUCAGACAUUAUAUAGAGAGAUCCAGGUGUUACUGGAAUCAGACAAACAUGCAGAUAAUAAACUCUCUGCUGCACAUUGCUCAGCAAUAACCUACAUGAUUCAGAUGUUAGAAGUGGUGCUAGACAAGUUUGAGCCCAUGAAAUACAACACAACAGACGAGGGUAGAUGGAGACUGAUGCCAGCUGUGAUGAACUGCAGAAAAGCUCUACUUGCUGGAUGUCAUCUCUCUGAUCAGUGCUGUGAGUAUUUGUCUUCAGCACUCCAAUCAUUAAACUCCCAUCUGAGAGAGCUGGACCUGAGUAACAAUAACCUGCAGGAUUCAGGAUUGAAUUUGCUCUCUACUGGAUUAAAGAGUUCACAUUGUCAACUGAACAUAUUAAGACUUGCUGGAUGUGGUCUCUCUUAUCGGCACUGUGAAAGUUUGUCUUCAGUACUCCAAUCACCACAUUCUCAUCUGAGAAAUCUGGACCUCAGUAACAAUGACCUGCAGGAUUCAGGAGUAAAGCUGGUAUCUUUUGGACUGAUGAGUUUUCAUUGUCAACUGAACAAACUGAGAUUGGCAGGUUGCAGAUUCACGGGUCAGUGUUGUGAAAGUUUGUCUACAGCUCUGCAGUCAUCAAACUCCUGUCUGAGAGAGCUGGACCUCAGUAACAAUGACCUUCAGGAUUCUGGAGUGAAGAUCCUUUCUGUUGGACUGUCAGACUGUCAACUGAACAUACUAAGAUUGGUCACCUGUAAUCUCACUGGUCAGUGCUGUGAAAGUCUGUCGUCAGCUCUACAAUCAUCAAGCUCCUGUUUGACAGAGCUGGACUUGAGUAACAAUGACCUGCAGGAUUCAGGAGUGAAGCUGCUAUGUGGUGGACUGAAGAGUUCACACUGUCAACUGAACAUUUUGAGAUUGUCUGGCUGUAUGGUGACAGAGGAUGGCUGUCGUUAUAUAUCUACAGCUCUGAGUUUAAACACCUCACAUUUGAUAGAGCUGGAUUUGAGCUACAAUCACCCAGGAGAAUCAGGAGUCAAGCUACUCUACGAUACACUAAACCAUCCAAACUGCUCACUGGACAAACUCAAUAUGGAUCAUGGAGGAGAAUUCAGGAUUACCGCAGGACUACAUAAAUAUGCACUUGAUCUUACACUGGAUCCAAACACAGCAAAUACUCGUCUCAUUCUCUCCGAGGAGAACAGAAAGGUGACACGAGUGGUAGAGGAACAGUCAUAUGCUGAUCAUCCAGACAGAUUUGAUGUGCGUCUUCAGGUUCUGUGUAGAGAGAGUCUGUCUGGGCGCUGUUACUGGGAGGCUGAAUGGAGUGGAUAUGCUGGAAUAUCAAUGACAUACAAGGGAAUCAGCAGAAAAGGUUGGACUCGUGACUGUGAGUUUGGAUAUGAUACAAAUUCCUGGAGUCUAAUCUGCUCUGAUGACACAUUCAUUGCUUUUCAUAGUUACAAGUUAAAUGUCAUACGAGUCCCUUCAGAGUCUUCUAAUAGAAUAGGAGUGUAUGUGGACAUGUCGGAUGGCACUCUGUCCUUUUACAGUGUCUCUGACACACACAUACUCACACACUUGCACACAUUCAACAAAACAUUCACAGAGUCUCUUUAUGCUGGAUUUGGGUUUGGGUUUCAUCAUUUGAACUCCUCAGUGUCUCUAUAUCAGACUGAAAAGUCUGUCAACUACAGAGACAGAAACCUCUCACAGACACCUGAAUAAAAAUACUCUCAGCUUUAAUAAAUGCAUAUACACUAAAGUAUGUGUACAGUCCUGUUGACCUUCACACAAAAAGAGAUUUCUAUCAAAGUACUUUUUAACCCUUCAACGCGUAUAAUCACAUCGGCGUGAACACAGGAAAUGCAGUUUUCCUAAUCGUUUACAUAUUUAUCACAAUUGUUUAAGACCAAUAAUAAAAGGGAACGUAUACAAAGAGGAUGAACAAAUAUUCCAAAAAGAAUUAAUAUAAUAAUAAAAUAUAAAUAAAAAUAAAAAUGGGGUGAGGGAGGGAAUAAAGACAGAGGUGUAAGUCUAUAAGGAGGAAGGGGUAUAAUGAGAGAGAAGAUGAAGAGUAUAAUAGGUAGAAGAGAUGAGUAGAGAGGAGGGCACUGGUGUAGUGGAAAAUGCAAGAGGAGAAACUGUGAGAUAACAUAGACAGAGAGGAAGUGGACAGCAGGGGUGGAAUGAGAGGUAUGUCAGUACACUUAUGAAGUGUUAUACUAUGAUUGUUGAUAGUACAAAUGUUUAGUUCUCCUGGGACAACUUCUGUUAUUUACUGUAAAUGUCCAAACAUUUUUCAAAAUUUAGGCUUAAGAUUAUUCAGGUUAUGAAGAUUAUUUUGAAUGGAACAGCAGUAUUGUUGACAUGGUGCUCCAGAACAACACCAGCCACAAAGGAAGAGAUGUUGAAACAGGAGCUUGUCAAGCAUGGAUUCAGCCUUUUUACAUUUUUUCCCCUAUGGUGCAAGCACAACAAAUAUGUAGUGCAGUGAACAUUUUGUAAUUGUCCUAAACAUUUUCAUACAUUUUCAUUAAUUUCAUACAAAUUACAAAUCAUGAAAAAAAAAAUUUCAAUUUUAAAUUGUUUCAGUGUUUUCACAAUAGUUAAUACACCCUUACAAUACUUUAAAAUAUCUGAAAAAAGUUUUACACAAAUCACAAACAUUUAAGUACCAUUUGUCCAAACACAACAAACAAAACUCUGUAAUUUGUCAUUCUAUCAAAUGAAUAUAGUAUCAUUUAUAAUUGGCUCUAAACUAAUAACUACUCGGUUGAUCAUACGCUCAACACAGGAAAUUAAUUUUUUUUCUUGUUUACAGAUUUAUUAGAAAGGGGCGUAAUGAGAGAAGAAGAAGAGUGUAACAGGUACGAAGAGAUUAGCAGAGGAGGAUGUGAGAAAACAGGAGAGGAGAAGGAAAGGGAGAGGAUCAUAGUAGAGAGGAGGGCAUCG